CUCUCCAGCGAGUGGCACUUCUGCUCAAGCUGAGACUCUAGUGUCAACCGCCAUGCUCUUUGGUCCCUCUGCGAGUCUUGGGUGUGCCCCGCCCGCCCAAUGGCCGCUCGCCGUCCCUUGUAUUUCCUCCAUUAUGGGUCUUAGCUCCGGUCCCUUAGCUCAUCCCGUUUACUCAGGAUCUCAAUUUCUGGCCUGUCUAUGGUCCUUGCCGUCUCGCCUAUUCGACUUCCCCGGUCAAAAUGACCGCCAUAUGCAUAAUCUUGCGACUCUUGGUGUCUCCAUAAUCCAGCAGCGGUUUGCAUUGUGUGUGCAAGACUAUCUGCAAGCGAGGGGAAGGGGAAAAAGUAAAUUGAAACAAAGAAAUACCAUCGAUUCCAUAUCAAUUGAUCAUCCCCGCGGGUGUCGAUUUGUUGCGUCCGGCGCAUCUCCAUGAAACGAGGCACCACCCACUCUGGGAAGUGAGAACAACUACGGCAUAUUUGCGGCGGUUAGACUAUCUUGAAGCCUAGUAGCAGUUUAGCAGGUCAUCCGGUGCUCCUAAGGACCAAAUCCCUUCCGUCACAAACGACCUCCCGUGCCUGUCUCCGCGCUAUCGCUUUGGCUCCAACUCCACCUAGACUU